UGGUGACGGCAGUCCAGUGCCCUCCUCCAGAAAAUCCUCGGCAUGGUAAGGCCGUCUACACCUCCUGCUCAUACAACUCAGUGGUGCGCUAUGAGUGCAAGUACGGCUUCAUCCUGCUGGGCGAAAGCACCCGAAGAUGCGGCGCCGACAGAAAAUGGAAUGGCUUACAACCGGUGUGCAAAGAGAUCAACUGCGGCCAUCCGGGACGACUGUGGAACGGGUGGCUGGAGAACAUUGAGGCAGGAACCGGCCUGGGGGCCUCCAUCAUCUUCCGGUGCCAGGAGGGGAUGCUGUUGGAGGGCAACGCCUCCACAGUGUGUCAAAGCGAUGAGACCUGGAGAUACCCUCUCCCCAGAUGCCUAGCCCCCUGUGUGAUUCCCCACGUGAGUAGAGGGCGGGUGAUUCUCCUCUCGAAAAAUUACACCGCCAACACCUCCACAGUGGUGGCCCAUGGGGAAAAAUUGGCAGUCGAUUGCGACCCCAGCUAUGAGUUUCUCUCAACUCACAUGAACGUUACCUGCAACAACGGCACUUGGACGGAGAUGCCCAGGUGCGACCCUGCAAAAUGCCAACAUCUGCCCAGAGCCCCCAGACAUGGCAUGGUCUCCGCCCCAGACAUGAACCACGGCAUGAAAGCCAAGUUCCGCUGCAAAGACGGCUACGAGCUGGUAGGCGAAGAGUUCGUGGAAUGUUUCUUCGGGAACUGGACUGGGGAACUACCCCAAUGCCACGAAGUGUUCUGCCCCUACCCGGGAGUGGUGGAGAAGGGCAAGAUUCUCCUAGUAGGCAACAUGGGGCUGUACGACUACAGAUCCUACGUGAAACGGGUGGCCAACAACAAGCAAAUCAUGUACGACUGCGAAAAGGGCUUUGUGGUGACGGAGGGCCCUUUGGGGGCCACGUGCGUCGGAGGCAAAUGGAGCCCGCAUGAGUUACCAAAAUGUUCUCCGGCGGAGCACCCGAAGGUGCGCUUCAAUAGACGGAGGCGACGAUCGAUCGAGAUCGAAGAACUGAAGAGAGCGUUCAUCAGGAACCCACAAAGUCUAUGCAAAAAAUGGGAGAAGAGAUACGACCGAUUCGACAUCCAAACGCGAUUUCAGAAGUUGAAAAAUAUGGUGUUUGGGGGGCUUUCGACGCGCAAAAGGGACACCAACUGGGCAAGUCUCAAUUAUAAAGCCGUUCAACCGAGUGUUGAACGCCAGCAGUAUUUAUGCCAAGGGGAUUCGCAACCGGAUUUUCCCUUCAAAGCUCCGGCUGUAGGGAAUUUGUCCGACUGGAUCCAGUAUUUGUCGUUGGAAAGCCUCGACCCAAUGGACAGUGAAGUCGAUAAUGGCUGGAACGUUCCACACAGCCGCAAACCUCGAAACGCUUACUUUGACUGGCCAACUGGUCUCAAUCAAAGAUCAGAAACCCAUUUCAGGCUCAAACGCGCCCUCAAAGGGGGCGGCUCCAGCAGGGCGGUCGGAUCUAUCCAUAAAAGCUCUGGAUCCCAAAUAAGUCGCAGACGCGACAACAAAGGACGAGCUGAAGAAUUUGAAGAACUUCCCGAUCCUGACAACGACUUGACGACGAAGAAACCCAAAGGGCCUCAUAAUAAAACCCGUGGAGGUCCAUGCGAGCCGCUACAAGAGGAAAUCUAUGUUAACAUUGAGUUUCUCAAACACGGCAAAGACCAAAAUUCCACUUAUGGAUCGGGCUCCGUAGUGCGCCUGGCUUGUGGCAAAGGCUACGUGUUGAACAUGGCGGAGAAUAAAACCGCCAAAUGCGUCCGAGGAAAGUGGAAACCCAACAAGCCUAUGUGCAUUAUCAUCCCCUGCUAUGUUCCUGAGAGUGUUUUUGGGGUCUACAAGCUGACCAAGCAGGAAAAGAACGAUACCAUCGAUGUGGAUUCACCUCUGAACGGGAGCACGCCGGUCCUGAAUGGACAAGCGGUAGAAUUCAGCUGCGAGGAGGGCUACCAAGUGCAAGGCUCGAGCAACAUGCGGUGCUACCAUGGAGAAUGGCUGGUCACCACCUUUCCAGAAUGUUCCCCUGGUAUUAUUUACAACCCACCGAUCAAAUCUUGGAUUGAACACUCACUUCUUCAUUUAGGAAUGUUGUACAUCCAUGAGAAUUUCACCAACGCCCCCUCGAUGGACUUGGGACCGGAAAUUUUGGAAAUGCUCGUCCAACUGUUACUGGCCCAAGCCCGCGAAUGCCUGCUGGAAAAGCUGCAACUGCAGUCCGAAGAGAAUCGGACUAUAGACAUCUGCUUGGAUCUGGCCCAAGAGGCGGCCGAAUUGGCGGAAUGUUACGCCCAUGUGCACGAACUAAUUUCGCAUGAAUCUGUCCAUGAUUACGUCCCAUACAGCUGGAUAUCUCUAACGCAGGUGAAACGGGAGUACUAUACUGGGCUGGCGCAUUGCCAUGUUUCCUCGGGAGUCCUGCACAAGGACGCAGAAAAAAUGUCCAUUGCAACGAAGGAAACGCUUCAGUUCCUGCACGUGCAAAGCGAGAGCACUCCGAUAGACAUCCGAAACCCCAAAGACGAAGACGAAAGAAGACUGUUAGGGCGAGCGCAUUUAAGGGAAGCUUUAGUGCUGCAGGAAGAGUGCCAGCGGCUCCAUAGAAUGUGCAGGGAAUUGAAGGGCAAGCAUGCGCUAGCAGCCGUUUUGAGGAAUGCUCACAAAAAAGCAUUACAAGCCUACACCUCAACGGACACAGAGGACGACUUUAGCGACAUGCUGGACCCGCCUACAAUACAACGUUUCACAGAAAACUUCGUCUUGAUCAGAAAGUUCCAAAUCACAUACAGCGUUGUGUUUGUUUGCGUCUUUUAUCGCCUUGAAAUUAAUAUGUCCUAA